AUGUUUUUGCCAAUAUUUCAAUCUUCUUUCUUAUAGCUAACAAGGACUGAAUCAAAUGUCAUUGUGAAAGUCUUCUCAGAUAAAAUGAUAAUAGAGGGAUUCGAAGGAUUUGAAGGUAGACAAGAAAAAGUCUUUGAGUAUAAUGAGACCAAAUAUUGUGUUGAGUGGGAUUAUGACAUGUAUGAAUUAUUGAUCAUAAAUUAGAAGACAAAAUAAUUAAAUAAAGGGUUUCACACUAUGUCAUUCUGGAUAAAGACUCUAUUAAUUUGAAGGUGAAGUUUAAAAACUUACUGGACUGAGGAGUGUAUUAAAAGGGAAAAUAGGUUUUUUCAAUUGGGAAAAAGAGCUUUCUUUUAACAAAUGGAUAAAGAAAACAUAGCAUUGUGAAGUAAUAAUAUUAAAUAAACUGAACAGAUUUUUCAAGUGUUACGGGGUGGAAAUUUAAAAGUGAUCAAAGUUCUUUAAGAUAAUAAUGUAAAACGAAUACAUAUUCUAAAAUUAGUCUAAUGUAGAGUUAUAAGUGAAUCAAAUGUUAAAUCAAAGACCCCAUGUCAAUCUACUUCAUUCAGAUGAGUUCUACAAGGAUGAGGCUUAAAUCUAUUUAUUGAUGGACUUUCAUGAGUAAUCAUUAAGUGAUAUAUAAAAUGAGUACAGUAAAAAAAAAGUACCUAUAAAUGUUAUUAGACCUAUCCUAUUAUAAUUAUUAGAAGGUAAAAACAUAUAAAUAUAAAUUUUAGGAGUCAAUCAUUUGCAUUCUCAAAAAAUAAUUCAUAGGGAUUUAAAAUAUGAUAAUGUUUUAUUAACUCAAAAUAGAACAGUGAAGAUCAUUGAUUUCGGUUUAUCACAAAUAGGUGAUGCUACAAAUAUUCGAUCUGGAACUGCAGGUUAUAUUGCACCUGAAGUUUUUCAAAAUUAAACAAUAACUUCUAAAAGUGACAUCUUCAGCAUUGGUGUCAUUUUUCACAAGUUAUUAACUGGAAAGGGAAUAUAUAAUAAUCUUGAUGAAAAUAUGGGUGGUAGAAUGAGAAUUAGCUCUCACAUAAAAGAUAAGAAUGCCAAAGAUCUAUUAUUGUCUAUGUUGCAUUAGGAUCCAAAAUUAAGAUUCAGUGCUGAGGAUUGUAUGGCCCAUCCUUUCUUUACAGGUGAAUACGAUUAACCUUCUUAAAAGUAUUAUUCAUAUUAAAUUUUAGGAUAUGCCUCAGUAAUUAUUUAAGUCCUUAUUGCUAAUAUAAAUUUUAACCCAUAUCUACUUAAAUGAUUAGCUUAUCUUUAUGA